CUGUGCGUUCAGUCUUCCAUCGCGCUUAGGACUCAAGAUACCACACAUUGCGCCAGAAUUUCCUAGCCGGCUCUUCUGAAUGUUACUCCCUCGUUGCGCUCGAUCCCUCGCCGCUGUUCCCGCAACCGCGCUCCAGUGCGAUUUGCGGUUUCUCGUUGUUGCGGCAUUACCCGGCCUUGCUUCCGCGCGGCAGUCACUUUCGCGCAGCGUUCAGUCCAUCUUUGGAAUUCCGUUUCGCUUUGAACAAUCCCGUCUUCGAAGCGCGAUUGCAUCAGCACCAGUUCUUGAGAAUUCUAAAAAAGCUUCCGCCGUCCAACAGCCACCCAGCGGUCACACCUCCCAACUCCCCAGAAGUCCUCUGCACCACCCGACCUUGGUUCCGCUCAACGGUCACUCCGCCCCUAGAGGAACUUCACGCGGUCGCGUUGGCUACGUCCCCUUCCCCUUCCGCUUCCCCUUCCCCUUCCCCUUCCCCUUCCGCUUCUCCUUUCCCUUUUCAACGUCGCCGGCCUUUGCGGCCUUAGGCGUGCCUCAAAAGGCUUUUUCGGCUCAUCAACCCGCCGGCUGGUUACCACUUCCCUCGCCUUUCGCGACUUGCGUCGCCAAUCAGUUUCAUCCUCCCCGACCCUGGACUGCCUCAUACCCGUCUCUCCCGUCUGUCUCCCAACCCUAUCACGCCAUGGCUCCGCGGAUUCCCUUGGGCCAAUUUCAACACACUCGCGCUGCUUUUGCAGCAAUGUCACCUCCUCUGGGUCGUUCCACGUCACCGUUUGCCACGUCAGCUUUUGUCUCGUCAGUGUUUGCCACGUCAGCUUUUGCCAGUCCCGGGACUCCUCUCGGCUGCCACCUCAGCUUCGUGCUUUCCUUAAACCCCAACCCUCUUUCACCACUAAAACCUCCCGUGGAUCCAGGGAUUUGUCACCCUUCCUACAGCUUUCUGACCAUAAAAUCUUCUCCGAUUUCGGGCCUGUCAGUGUUUGCAACUAGCAGCGCAACAGCCCGUGUUAAUCUGGGUGACUCCAGAACAAGCACCAGAAGCAGCAGCAGCAGCAGCAGCGGCGGCCGUGGCUUUGGUGGGAGCAGCAGCAGCAGUGGCAACAGCGGUAGCAGCAGCCGCAUGAGCAGUCGUGAGAAUGGUGGGGAGAAGAUUGAAAGUGGAUCGAAGGGUGCAAGCACCAGCAGCAAGAGUAAAAGCAAAAGCCAAGCGCACGGCAAUCCCAAGGCUGGGGCGAAAUCCAAACCUGCUGCUAAGCCUCGUUCCAAACCUCCCACCAAACCAGCGCCGAAGCAAGGAGCCGGACCGAAACCAGGAUACAAGGCGGCAAGCUCCGAGCCUGAUUCCCUGCAGGUUCGAGAGCGACAAGGCACUGCAGGAGCGGUACCUGUGAUUCAGGAGUUCGAGAAUCGAGAUGUUCCUAUAACGAGAGCAGUGGGGAAACAGAGGAGUGAUUAUACCGAGGGGGGUUUUGAGGAUGAGGAGGAGUGGGAGGAAGGAGAGGAAGGGGAGUGGGAGGAAGAGGAAGAGGGAGAGUGGGAAGCAGAUGAUGACGUGGAACGGACCCUCGCUGAGUCAGCACAGGAGCUGUCCACCGGCAGUCUGGUGCUGCCGCCGGGGCGGCAGGCUCCGAGAGUAAAGACGGCAGUGUUUGUGAAGAGCAGCAGCAGCGUGGCGCAAUGCCCCAAGGACACCAAGAUCCCGGAGUUUGCUGUGAUUGGCCGAUCCAAUGUCGGGAAAUCUUCCCUGAUCAAUAUGUUGACCAACCAUAAAGGGCUCGCGCAAACCUCCAAGAAACCAGGCAAGACUCAACUCAUAAACCACUUCCUAAUCAACGACUCGUGGUACCUGGUGGACUUACCGGGAUACGGCUAUGCAGUUGCUCCCAACGCCAUUCGAACGGAGUGGAACGAGCUCACCAAGGCGUACUUCACCUCGCGCUCCAACCUGCUCACCGUGCUGCUGCUGGUAGAUGCCACCAUCCCGCCGCAAGCAAUCGACGUGGAGUGCGCUGACUGGCUGGGACGCAACAAGAUUCCCCUCACUGUCGUGUUCACCAAGUGCGACCGCCGCAAGAAGGCCAAGAAGAACGGGCGGCCGCCAGCUGUCAACGCCGCCCUCUUCCGCGCCGAGCUGGCGGAGUGCUACGCCGAGCUGCCGCCGUGGGUGAUGACCAGCGCAGUCACAGGGGAGGGGAAAGAUGCUCUGCUGAGCCACAUAGCCCAGCUGAGGGAGUUCUGGCGGCGGUAGUGGAGGGGAGGACUGCUGGGGUAGUGAGGGAGUGCUGGGGUAGCACAGCACCGAGCUGGUGGAGUGCUACGCCGAGCUGCCGCCGGGUGAUGACGAGCGCGGUCACAGGGGAGGGCAAGGACGCUCUCUUGAGCCACAUUGCCCAGUUGAGGGAAUCCUGGCGUCGGUACUGAUGGGUCUGCGGAGGCGCCACAGCACUCUGCUGGAGUGCUACGCUGAGCUGCCGCCAUGGGUGAUGACCAGCGCGGCCACAAGGGAACGGAAGGGCGCACUAUUGAACACGGCAGCGCCGUGACAGGGGAGGGGAAGGAAGGACGCUUUCUCGAACCAUAUUCCACAAUUGGGGGAGCUCUGGACACGGUAGAGCCGAGAUAGCUUUGGGCGCGCUGUGCCGAGCUGGCUUGGGCCGCGCUGUGCCGAGCUGGCUUGGGCCGCGCUGUGCCGAACUAAUGCAGGGCACGCUGUGUCGAGCUGCAGCGUAGGUAAUGAUGAGCGUGGUGACAGGGGAGGGGAAAGGCGUGCCGUUUAGUCACAUUGCCCAAUUGAGGGAGUUCUUAGGUGCUGAACUGCCUGUAUGGGCUCCGCUCUGGCAUCUCAAUGGAACUGAACGUGCGAUGCAGGCCCCCAAAUUGCAGACUUUUUACUCCGAUUCAUACUUUUUUUCAGAGUUUUUUGGGGGUGUACUCUAAUUGCAAAUAUUUUUCUUUGUACCUUACUCAGAUUUUU